CUCUCUUUGGGUUAGUAGAUGGUAACAAUGUGGAAGCUGUGCUUUCUUUCGGUGGCAUGGCUGGUCCAUUCAGCUGCAUACAGUCAAGAAAACUUGACUACGAGCAAGGAAAAUAUAUCCAGCUUGGAAUCUGAAUUUGACAAAGUAGCAGAAGACUUCCUGACUUCAUUUAGUCUUGCCCAUUCGAAGACGAUAUCUCGCAAGAAGAGAGGACUUGACACAGACUCGGAAUUGCUUAUUGCUGGUGGAGAUGUCUAUAGACUUCAGACAAUUGUUCCCGUUUCUAAACUAUGCAGUCCUGCAGUGUAUUCGACGUUUCUGAAUAUCGACAAUACGACAUAUGCGAUCUGUGCAAGAGAAGCUACAAAAUACACCCCAGCUGAAGUUUUUGUUGGAUUAUACAAAGAACAUAAAUGGUACAUCCAUUGGAGAUGGUAUGUAGGUAAUCCCAAAGGUCUUGCAACGUUUCAUCUCAACGGUUACAUCUACAUUUUUGUUGCCGAUAAUGAUAAAGAAGAUGGAAUAGCUCAAUUGCGAAUAAAUAUUGCUACCCUGACAAAGGAGGAAGAUUACAUUGUUCAUAGUAAAUACCCUAAAAGCAUUUUUAUCUGGCCAAUGAAAGCCGCUAACUACCACAUGGCAAUAGUCAACUCGGAUGGACAUCAACAUCCUUCAGAUUUGAGCUCUCGAGUUUUCUUCUACGAAUGGAUGGGUACUUAUUUUGAUAAAUACGCUGAAUUCCAAGCUUAUGAUGUGAAAGAUGUAGAACCAUUUCAUAUUCAUGGAGCAGCUUAUUUGGCGAUUGCUAACUUUAGGAGAGGUAUAAACGACUACGAAGUAGAUUCAGAAAUCAUGAAAUAUAACCUAGACAAGAAAAUAUGGGUAACGCAUCAGAAAAUCAGGACUUACGGAGCUAUGGAUUGGGAAUUUUUCAGUCUUGGAACAGAUAUUGGCCAAGAAUUCUUUCUGGCAGUUGCAAAUAAGGAAGGAGGUGCUUCAAACAUUCAGAGCGUAAUCUACAAAUUCGUGAAAGAUCGGUUUGUUCCAUUCCAGUGUCUACCAACCCCAGGUGCGGUCUCCAUUUCCUCUUGGUCGUCUGGAUCAAUAUUUUUACUUGCUAUUGCCAAUGUUGAUGCAGUUUAUCUUUAUGAAUAUGAUGGGUGGCAGUUUGUGAUGAGUGGUAUACAAUAUACUCAAGGAUCGAUGUCAUCUGGCGUGACGCAUUUGAAAUUUAAUAAUGUAGUGAGAGAUUAUCAUGAAGUUAUAAUUUUGAGUGUAAGCAAUCCUCGACAACAGAAUGAACUUUCAAUAUUUGAAGUUGGAUUCGUUAAAGACAGUUCAUUGGAUGACUGGAAUAAAGCUGGUACAAGAUGGUGCAUGGACGCCCAGAGUAACUUAGCGGCCUCUAACUCUGAUCUCCCUUUAUUGAAUGAUGUUGUAUUUAUUAAUCAACCUCAACCAAUUACCAUAAAUGGCAGUUUGUACUUCGAAAAUGGCUUUGGAACGGAUAAACUCAAAACUCCUCGGCUAAAAGAAAUGGUAACUCAAGAGAGAUACGACAGUGAAAUGCUACUUAAUUUACAAGAUUUGCAAAAGCGACUUGACGCAAUAAGCGUAAAGAUUGGCCAUUUUGAAGAAGUGCUUAGAAGUUCGCUUCAAAUUGAAGGAAAUCAAACUGUUUAUGGUCAAUUACAGUUUAAAGACGUGUCAUUUAGCUGCGAAGAGAAGUCGUGCCGUUUCAAUAAUAUUAAAACAAGUGUAUUAAAUGAAGAUAUUGCGGACUGGAGAGAGAAUCUAGUUUUUCUUGACGGUGAACAAGUCAUUGAUGGUAAUCUAUUCGCCGAAAAUAUUAUUGCCAAUAACAUAAAUGUGCCCGAUAAGAUAAAUGGAGUUGACAGCAAGACUUUAGUGACUAAAUCUGGAAAUCAUAACAUUACUAGUACAAAAACUUUCGCUAAUUUUUUCACGGCAGCAGAUCUAGAUGUCGGGGGAUUGGUGGAUGGAAUGAAAAUAUCCCCAUCUAACAUCUUAUUGACAAGAGGACAUCAGUCUGUUACUGGGGAUUUGAUCUUCAAAGACGUAGAUACUACUUGGUUGAAAGUGGAAGAAUCGGUAAAUGGAAUCAACUUGCAAAGUUUCUACGAGGACGCACUGCGAUCAGAUAUAUCUUCCGUUAUCAUUGGGAAGAAAAGAUUCCAAGAUAUUAUUGUUAGCGACUUGACUAUGAAUGAUGGAUCUACAAUAAAUGGUAUCGAUAUUCCAGACUUGUGGGAGAAUACGUUAUGGGCUGGUGAUAAUCAAGAGAUAAAAGCUCCAAUGACAUUUCAGUCAGUGGCACUUCACAAGAAUCUCUUCACCCCAUUCGGAAUAAAUGGAGUACAGAUUCCUGGACCUCGAGUUGUCACUCUGAGUGGAUUCUCGAAUGUUACGGCUCAUCAUGUGUUCACGACUUCGACGACUAUUUCUCAACUGAAUGUACUGAAUUCCUUGAAUGGAAUCGAGGCAUUUAAUAUUCCAGGACAACUUCCUCUGCUUGAUAUACUGUUAAUGAAUGGAAAUCAAGUGGUAACAGGCAAAAAGACUUUCAAAACUAUUCAUUUGGAUGCCAAUAGUUAUGUGAAGGGAACUGUAAAUGGGGUUGAUCUUUCAGAGCUGAAUGAUAUGGUUCUGCAUCGAGAUUCGUUGCCACGUAAACGUACAUGGACUUUCAAUAACUUAAAGAUAGAAGGACCUCUCACUGUGAAUAGAAUAUCCGACUAUGAUCUGGAUUCCAUCUACGCGAAUGCAUUAAAAUUGAAUGAUACAGAUAUUCCAGAGAUAAUAUUCAAGGAUACUGUAUUCAUUGAAGAACUAAUCAGUCAUGAUAUUAAUACAAUAGAUAUAGCAAGAGACUUGAUUUUAAUAAAUAAACCUCAAGUUAUAACUGGAAGAAAAGUGUUCCAGGACGUGGUUUUAGAAGAAAAUAUCAUCAUUGUUGAAACAUUUAACAACGUGAAUAUGACUUUCUUGACAGAAACCAUUUUGAGAAUUGGAAACCAAGAUUUGAAUUCUAAAACUUUCAGUGGAAAUGUAAAAAUUGACAAGCUGACUGUCAAAGGCUCGAUUAAUAACGUACCUGUUUCUGAAUUCGUGACUCUGAAUAGCAAUCAAGAACUGCUGUAUUCUCGGGAACUAAUCAAUGUUACUUUUAGAGAAGUCGAUGCGAAAGAUAUUCAUAUUGCGGGGACAGUGAAUGGCAUUGACGUAGACGAAAUGAUGCGGGACACGAUGACUUACACAGGUCCUGAAGUUAUUAACAAGAAAAUAAUAAAAGGUACAAUCCACGUAGAUAUCGGAGAUGAUGUGAGCAUUGUCAAUAUCAAUCGUAUUAAUAUCAAUGACCUGUGGGAAGAUGCAGUCUUUCUAGAUGGUGCUCAAGAAAUUAUGGGUCCCAAGACGUUUAAAUCUUUAGUAAUUUUCAAUAACGUACGAUUUACUAGUAUUGAUGGAGUGUCUGAACAAGACCUGAAGAAUUGGAUGCUGAAAGAUGUUCCUCAAACUGUCGAGGGGAAUGCGAUUUUCCUUGACGGCAUUUCAAUUAAAAGUCUUUACGUCGAAGGCUACAUAAAUGGCAUAAACAUAACUGAACUUGAUGCAUCAAUUGUGAAAAUUAAUGAGCAUAACACUAUAGAGGGAUCAAUUAUGUUUGAUAAUCUUGUAACGUCGAAAGGCGAUAUAAUAUUAUCUGGACAAAUUCAGGGAGUCGAUCUCUCGGUUGAGGCUGUAACGAGAUCGGGAGACAAAACGAUAACCGGUGUCAAAACAUUUACACAGGACCUAAUUAUUCUAGGGGAUGCAACUGUUGAUGGUUUAGUAGAUGGAAUUCUGGUUCAAGAAUUGUGUAAAAAUGCUCUCUUGGUGAACCGGAAGCAAAACAUUAGUCGAAUGACAAUUAAGGGAGAUGUUACUUUCCUAGGAGGAGGAACGGUUGAAGGAAAAGUUUCUGGUAUUGACUUAGUGAAGCUUCAUGACAUAGCUGUUUCUCUUGACAAUGAAUUGACAUUUUCUGGAAAAAAGACAUUCGAAAACCUUACAAUAGAAGGACCUAUAAUUUUGGAAGGUACACUAGGUGGAAUAGACCUCCAGAUCCUUGCUCAAACAUACAUGAGUCUUACUCAAGAUCAGAUAAUAAAAGCGGAGAUGAAAUUCGGCGAACUGUUUUUUGAAGAAACGGUUUCAUCAAAAAAAUUCAACACAGAAUUUCAAAUGAUGAACGAUGUUAACGUCAGCAACUUGACCCGAGUACUCAGAACAGAUAAGUCUCAAACCGUAAUUGCUGAACAUUUCUUUCAUAAAAUAACUUUUCACGAUGUUUUUGUUGCUGGUAAAGUCAAUGGUUUGAACAUCCCAGAAGGAGUGAUGAGACAAAACCACCCUAACAUCGUAGAAAGUCCGAAAGUGUUUGAAAAGCCUCUACAUGUUGGUAAUCUUGUAAUUGGAGAAGGGAAACUGAUUCAAGGUGUCGACGUAGCGAAAUGGUUUAAAACGGCAGUUUUAAAUAAUGGUUCAUUUAUGAUCGAUAAUUACAAAACUUUUCAUAAUCUGACCGUUAUUAAUGCAUGGGUCGGUGGAUUGCUUGAUGGGCUGAAAGUGUCCGAAGAAAAUCUUCUGAUGGUGUAUGGCGAUCAAAUUGUAACUGGCAAAAAAACUCUUAAAGACCAUGUAGAUAUUAGAGGCUCUUUAACAGUAGAUGGAACUAUUAAUGGAAUAGAUUUGGAUUUCUUAUCUAUUGCUACUCUUCAGAGAGGUCGAACCAAUAUAAUUACAGGCACAAAAUAUUUCAGCAUGCCUUUAACUAUACAAUAUCUUGAAGCACCUACCGUAGCUGGUGUGAACCUGGAGGCACUAGAGAGGAAAAUCAAUACUCAUUUAGAUUUUGGACAGCUAUUAAGUAGACUUCAAGAAAUUAAUGCAGUUGUUGACAAAAUGAGUGAUGCAAUUAAAAGUCAAGCUAUCGUAUUCCAAUACUAUGAAUUAUUCCAAGAAUUCAAUAUCCCUUCUGCUUAUAGCUGGUUAUAUCUAUUUGGUGAAGAUUGUGAAGAAUUAUUACUACUUUCGGAAAAUUCAAGUUCACAGGCUUAUUGCUCCAGUAUACGGCUCUUCGAGUUCUACCCAGAGCAGCAACUAUUUUUGGCACUUCCCCAAGAAAUUAUAACUUCAUAUGCAGUAUCCAUUAAAAGUAUAUUUACUUGGGAAACUACAUACCUGUUUAUUGCCAAUCAGAAUCCAAAUCCUUCUUGUUCAAGGGAACAAAUCACUGGUAUUGGGAAUACAACAAGCGACAUAUACUUCUGGAAUGCUGGUUCUUUUGAAACGUAUCAAAGAUUAGAAAUUCCUCCAGCUCUAGACAUGGUGGUAUUUCAAGAGGAAAAACUGUGUUGUGCAGUUUAUAUUCAUCUUCAUAAAUGCACAGUUUACUGUUCCAAAGGCAGUGACCAAUUAUUUGAACUCUUAGAAAUUUUGCCGACCACUGGUGGCAGAAAGGCGUCCGUACUUCAAGCUGCUGAGGGUAUUAUACUAGCAAUAAUGACCGAAAACCCGAGUAUGAGAGAAAUCUUUAUCGACGGCGAAAUGGCAGUAGACAUCUACUUCUGGAAUUCUGAAGAAUCGACAUUUGCCAGUCCUGGACAAGUCAUUACUUCUACACAUGCUCAGUCUGUUCUCUUGAUGAGCUACACAAAGGAAUAUUCGUCCUUCAUCUUUCUAGUGAUAGCUGAAGGCAAAAUACCUAAAGUGCAAAAUGAGCCUCGGCUUGCGAUUUACAGAUACGAUGAUUCAAAUGGACUGUUCCAAAAAUAUCAGAUAAUCCAAGAUUAUGGGGAAUUGGAUUGGCUUGUUUUGCAGACAGGAGAGCUCAUUCUGUUUGUUUUGGAUUCUCAAAUGGGCAAAUUAAAAAUGUAUCAACACAAAGGAGCCUCUGGAUUUGUGAUCAUCGACACCAUUAACAGUCUUGGAUCCGUGAAUAUUCAUGCGUUCAUCCGAGAAGUGGAUAGAAAUGGCUUGCACCAUUAUGUUGCUCUUGCUGGUCCUAGAGCCUUAAUGGCCCAUCCUUCCCAAGGAACGGAUUACGCAAAACUUUUAAAGUCGAAAGUUAAAGGAAAUCGACGUUUUAUUAACCAUUAACGCUUUUUUUACACUGUUAAGUUUUAACAAUAAACUUUACCUGCU